AUGGUCUCUUUCAAAAAAAUUAUCGUAUCCACCGUUGCUCUCGGUAUGGUUUCUGCUCAGCCUAUCGAGGAUGUGGACAAGAGAAGUUUGGUCCGGAAUAUCUUUAAUGAUGUUGCUGGACUCACUGGUAAGAUUUAUCAAGAUGCUCCAAGUAUCGUUAAUGGCCUUAAGACCGGAGUUUCUCUUGGAGUUCUUGCUUUCAAAGAUCUUAAAUGUGCCGCUGAAAACUUUACUGGUAUCAAGAAAGCUCCACAUACCAAUGGUAUUGAGUGGUACGAAAAUGCAGAGUACUUGGCUGGUUUAGCCAUCAAUAAUGGAAUUGCUGAAUAUCUUAAGCAACAAACUACAUUGACUGUUGAAAAUAUUGUCAAGGGUGCUGAAGCCCAAGGUACAGAUUUUUUAGUUGAAUUUGCCGGACACUUGGGAUUGAGCUCAGAAGUUGCAAAACUUUCCAAUGCAACUUUUCCUAUUGUGAACAAGUAUGCGGUCGCUCUUGUUACUGCAAUUGCUCAAAAUGUCUAG